UCAACACAGCAACAACCAUGAAGACUGUAAUUCUCACCUGCAUGGCCGCCGUGGCCGUCGCCGCCCCCCAGUACUCCUACGAGACCCCUGCCCCGACCUUCCUCGUCACAUCCUCCUCCAGCAGCAACAACUACGGUGCCGCGACUGAGGUCAUCCCCAUCCUGAAGGACGAACGCAUUCAGGAGGACGACGGGAGGUACAGCGUCGACGUCGAGACCGGCAACGGGAUCAAGCUGUCCGAAUCUGGCUCUCCUGACGGUCCGAAGGCGCGGUCAUCAAGGCGGGGCAGUACGAAUACACCGCCUCCGAUGGUUCAUCGGUUCAGCUGAAAUAUGUAGCCAACGAGAACGGCUUCCAACCCGAGUCCGACCUCCUGCCCGUGGCCCCCGUGUUCCCCCACCCGAUCCCUCAGUUCGUCCUCGACCAGAUCGCCUUCGCCGCCGAGGAGGACGCUCUUGCUGAAGCUGCUGAGACUGGGAGCGUCUCUUCUGCUACGACUCCCUCGCAGUUCUACAGUCACCCUUAGAGGACGAAGACUUCCAUGUUGCUCUGUACCUCAAAAGGCCAUUUCGCACAUUUAUGUAUUUUUUCAUUUAGGUUAAGAUUAUUUUGGGUCUGAUAAGAUUACAUAAAAUACAGCGAAUCUCUA